UCUUCCCUCAUGAAAGGCGAAGAUCUCAAUGCAAGGAGUGCAAGGGCCGUCAAAUCUGCCCUUCAUGAAAGAAUAAGAUCUCAGUGUAAGGAGUGCAAGGGCAGUCAAAUCUGCCCUCAUGAAAGGCGAAGAUCUCAAUGUAAGGAGUGCAAGGGCAGUCAAAUCUGCCCUCAUGAAAGGCGAAGAUCUCAAUGUAAGGAGUGCAAGGGCUGUGAAAUCUGCCCUCAUGAAAGAAUAAGAUCCUAUUGCAAGGAGUGCAAGGGCUGUGAAAUCUGCCCUCAUGAAAGAAUAAGAUCCUAUUGCAAGGAGUGCAAGGGCAGUCAAAUCUGCACUCAUGAAAGAAUAAGAUCUCAAUGUAAAGAAUGUGGAGGCGGAGGCAUUUGUGAACAUCAAAAAAGGAAAUACAGGUGCAAGAAAUGCAAGAAGGUUAAACAAUAAAUGGCAACUAU